UGCCUGUAAGCGUGGCAUGUCUAACAGGUACAUAGGAUAGGGCUUAACAAAGUUAUUAGCACACUUACGAUUUAUUCUUUAACAAAAAAGGAAACUUUAAAAGGGAGCUUUCUACCUCCCACAAUAAGAAGAGGAGAUGAGGACAUAGACGUGCCCAGGGAUGACCGUGUGAGGACGCAGGAGAAUAUGCCAUCCCCACGCCAAGGAGAGAGGCCUCAGGAGGGACCAGCCCUGCUGCCACCUUGAUCUUGAACUUCCCAGCUCCAGAGCUGUGAGCUGCACACUGCUGCCAUUCUGGCACCUGGCCUAUGGCCUAUGUGAUGGUGGCCGAGCCGAGGGCACCCCUGGGUGAUGCAUCCGAAGGAGAAGCAGACAGCAGUGCUGCUGACCCCUGCAUGCCGUGGUGGGGAGGUGUGUAGGCAGGAGGCUGGCAAAGGGGGGACUGAGUGUCUCUCCAGGGCACGGGUGCCAGGCCUGGGCAUCGGGGAGCUUAGGAGCAGGGUGUGCUCCCUGAAGUAUUUACUGCUCCAACCACACCUCAGGUGAUAUCACACUUUGGGAUGGGGUCAGGAGACAGGGAGGGACACAUCUGCCCCACCCCAGCCACAGCUGGAGAAGGCUCUAUAAAGCCCGGCUGGCCAGAUCCAGGCCAGACAGCUCAAGCUCUGGACGGGCCACACCUGCACACCUGUCACCCCAGCCAUGAGGACCCACCUGUCUUGCCUGCUGCCUCUGCUGCUGGUGUGCUCAGCCCAGGCCCUGACCUGCCAUGAGUGCUCUGCCACAGGGGACUGUUUCCAGCCCACAGUCUGCCGAGAUGACACCCGCUACUGCCUGACCACCUUGACCACUCCCCCAGGUCAUGAAACGAUUGUUAUAAAAUCAUGUGCUUACAGCUGCCCUGGCUACCAAGAGAGCCUGGCCGCCUCCAGGGCCUUUUGCUGCAACACGGAUCUCUGCAACAGCACAGUGAGCCUCAGAGUCAGCUGGGGGCUGCUGGCGCUCAGCAUCUGCGUUGCCUGCCUCAACAGAUAGCAGUGGGCUCAGCCCCGGGAAUGCUCAAGAAGGGAUUGGGAGUCUGCCGCGGACUUGCUUUGUGACCUUAGGCAGGGCACUUGCCCUCUCUGGGCCGCACCUCCAACUGGAAGGAUUCCAGGAGCGAACGGACACGCCUGUGGGCUUUGCAGGAGACAGUGGGGCUGCAUCUGCUCAGGGCCUUUGCCGCUGUCCAGGGUGCUGCAUGGUGAUUGCAGCCGGGAGAGGUGGCCACCUGCUGGCCUCUCCGGGAUAGCGCAAUUAGGCGGCCACAGCUGCAAACCUGUUAAGGACGCCAGGUGCCGAGGCAGGCACCUCCGGCCGCCCAGACCGUUGCCUUCCAGCCUUCAUCUUCACCUGCAUUCCAAGGCUGGGUCCUCCUGAGAACCUGGGAUCAUGCUGACAUGUGCUGCUCUAAGUUGGGUCCCAAGACCAUUGGCAAACAGAAACCCUGUGGCGGGCCCUCCUGGUCUGUGUGCAGGGGAGGAACGGCUGCCCACCUGGGGACAGGGGCACCCCAGCACCGUGUGAGUGAGCUCUGGUGGCAGCAGGGGCUGAUGUGGGAAGUGCCAGGCUGCUGAGCACCCCCGGCUCCCCCAGGACAUGGUGUCCCCAGGGUCUGCACCCUGGGGGAUGCCCUCCUGGAGGCGGAUGCAUUAACCCCAAACAGAAUCUCAGCUCCUAUGAACUCCAGUCCACUCUGGACUUCCAGAGCACUGCAGAACAGGAAGACCAAGGGUCAGGUUUUGUCCAGCUGGGAGGCUGGGCACCAAUGGUACUCCCCAAUGCCCCCCGCCACUGCCUGCAAGCCCAGGCCUCUGGUCUUGGUCAGUGUGUUAAUCUGCACAUCCUUUAAUUAAAAAACCUCA